UGCUGUAUCUAAGGUGAACUACAGUCAUCACAAAACAAGAAGAGCUUAUUUUUUAUUAUUUGCUCGCAGCAUUUACAACUACAGACUUUAGACCAUGUUGCAGACGAUUUAAAUCGACUGCUCUGCGCAGGCGUGAGAGAACGGUGCAAUAAAAGCAAAAACUGGCACACAAACAUAUGCAUGAUAAUAGCGCUGUCAGUGCUGGAGCUGCUGUCUGAGCAUAGUGAGCUGGAAGUAGACACAACUCUCAACAUUAAACUGAAAACAUGUCUACACCGGGCAGUGGCGUGGGGCAGGGGCGAGCCAACACCGGGGGGAAGCGGUUCAUCAGCGGGGUGGUGGAAGGUUUUUAUGGGCGGCCAUGGACUAUGGAGCAGAGAACAGAGCUGUUUAAAAGAGAACAGAAGUGGGGUUUGAACACGUACCUGUACGCCCCAAAGGAUGACUACAAACACAGGAUGUACUGGAGGGACCUGUACUCUGCAGAGGAGGCAGAACAACUCAUCGCCCUGAUAUCAGCUGCUAAACAGCACGACGUGGAGUUCAUCUAUGCCAUCUCUCCCGGCCUGGACAUUACCUUCUCCAACCCCAAAGAGGCCGCCGCCCUGAUGAGGAAACUGGAUCAGGUGAGGCAGUUUGGCUGCAGGUCCUUCUCUUUACUUUUCGAUGACAUCGAGACUGAGAUGUGUGCGGCUGAUAAGAAGGCCUUCAGCUCCUUCGCCUACGCUCAGGUGGCCAUCACUAAUGCGGUGUACCAGCACCUAGGAGACCCCGAGACCUUCCUCUUCUGUCCCACAGAUUAUUGUGCUGCGUUCUGCACCCCCAGCGUGCUCCAGUCCUCUUACCUGCACACUGUGGGGGAGAAGCUGCUGCCUGGGAUAGACAUACUGUGGACUGGUCCCAAAGUGGUAUCCCACAAAAUCUCCGUUGAGUCCAUAGAAGAGGUGUCCUCCGUCUUGAGGAGGCCGCCAGUCAUCUGGGACAAUAUCCACGCAAACGACUACGACCCCCAAAGGGUUUUCCUCGGACCCUUCAAAGAUCGUCCUACUGAGCUGAUCGCCAAACUGAGAGGGGUCCUCACCAAUCCCAAUUGCGAGUUCUACCCAAACUUUGUGGCCAUCCACACAUUAGCUACGUGGUGCAAAGCAACUGCUGAUGGAAGACAAAGGGAUGUGGAAAUGGACGAUGAGGAGCAGGACCCCUGCUACAGCCCCCAGAAAGCCCUGACGCUGGCCCUCACCGACUGGCUGCAGGAGUUCAUGAGCACCGACCAGCCUGGAGGCCCCUGUCGUCCUCCAGCUCGUCUGAAGAAGGAGGUUUCAGAGGAGGAGCCCAUGCAGACAGAUAUGGGGGAGGGCUCCUAUAUCCCAGGACCUGGGGAGAACCCUCUGUACACGGCCGAGCCCCUCACCCUGGAGGACCUGAAGCUGCUGUCGGAGCUCUUCUACCUGCCGUACGAACACGGCCCCACCGCCCGCACCAUGCUGCAGGAGCUGGACUGGCUCAAGAACCACAGCUUGGCCGCGGCGGCCGAGACGGACAAGACCGCGGAAUGGCGCUCAAGAGCACAGCAGUUUGAUGGCCUGUGCGAAGCGGUGGUGCAGAUGUUCAACCGUCUGUCCAACGCCCCCAACCGCAGCAUUCUGUACGACCUCUACAACUACAUCUGUGACAUCAAGAGUGGGGUGGGCCUGGCUCGAGCCUACGUGAAAACACUCGGAGGGCAGGCUCGCCCCGCAGCCCAGCUGCUGAACACUGAUCCUGAACCCUGGGGUUUUAGAGGAGGCCUCUCUGGAGAGUUCCAGAGAAUGCUGCCCUGCCACGGAAACAGGGACCUGUUCAGACAUCCUCUCAUGACGUCAGUUUACAGCAUACGGAUGUUCUGCCCUGAGGACAAGAUGGAGGUACAAAGAAUUUUCAGAGAGAUGCAGAGUGCGGGAGAGGGCAAAGUCCCCAUGAUGAUGCAGCCCCCCCUCAUCUGUGAUGGCCUCUCAGCGGGGGAGAUCCCCCCCUCCCCUCAGUGUGCUCUGGUCCUGGAGGAUGAGAUGGGGGUCUGUGGUUACGCCCUCGCACUCACCGACGCCAAACCAGCUGCUGCCAGGAUUCAGAGGGCAGUAAGUGAUUCAGUGUUCCAGGACUUCCCCUCCCUGGUCACCAUACAAGUGUUGCCCCGGGUCGCUGAUCCCUCUCCAGCCAAGCGCAUGAUUGGUCGGUUGUUGUCCUCCAUCAGGAGCAGUGGUUCCAGAGGCGUGUUCUGUGAGGUGAGGCACAGCGAUCGGAGGAUGCUCGACUUGUAUCCUAAACUGGGCUUCUUCAAACCCAUAACCAUGGCCGGGUUUCCUCAGGACAUCAUCGCCAUGGGAACAAGCCUGUGAACAAGCCUGUGAACAAGCCUGUGAACAAGCUUUUGCGAAAAUCAUCGCAAGGAUUUACCUCAGGUUUGAAUGUUUUUUGCUAACUUUGCAGCAUGUCAAACUGUAAUCCGUCAUAAUUUCUUAGUAGUAUUAGAUAAUUAUUUGUGUAAUUUUAGUAGCCAUCUCCAACACUGUAACAUUAGUUUGUUAGGACAUUUGCAAAAAAAACUACUGCAUAAAAUUAAAAAGGGUAACACUGAUGUACUACUGAUUUUCUAGAAAAUGUUAAAUGUAUAGAUACUUUUUUAAGAUGAAUUAAUUGUUUUAACCCAGCACAAUAAAUGUUAACACAUUUAU